AAUUUUGUUUGAUUCGAUCAGAUAAAUAUUUUUUUUCUCUCCAAAAAUGGAAUUUUUCGAUUUGAUAAAAACGCCCAAAUUGGAUGGAGUUGUUAUGUAUGAUACGUUUCAGAAUAAAAUCGAAGGAACUUUGUGUAUCACUAGUCAUCAUUUAAUCAUUUCAUCUCGAAAAAAUGAUUUAAACGAAUUGUUUCUACUACAUUCGAUGAUUGAUGUGGUCGAACGAAGACCAAAUUCCAUUGCAACCGGUGGUGUUCUCGUGCUUAAAUGUAAAAAUUUUCGCAUUCUAACAAUCGAAAUUGUUGGCUGGACAGAAUUCAUAAAUAUCGCCACAUCAAUUGAAUUAUUGUCGAAUCUAAAUGAACCACGAUUAUUGUAUCCAUAUUUUUAUAACCCUGAAUUUACAUUCGUUGAAAAUGGAUGGUAUCAAUUCAAUAUUGAACAGGAAUUUACCAAUCUGACACAUUCCAGUGAUGAGUGGCGUUUGUCGACGGUGAAUAAAAAUUUUGAAGUUUGUCGUACCUAUCCAGAAACGGUUAUUGUGCCCAAAUCAAUAACCGAUGAUUGUAUCCGAUCGAUUGCACAGUUUCGUUGUUUGGGUCGAUUUCCUGUGCUGAGCUAUUAUCAUAAACCGACUAAAAAAGUAUUACUUCGUAGUGGACAGCCGAUGGUUGGUACGAAUUCAAAACGAUGUAAAGAUGAUGAAAAACUUAUCAAUACUGUACUGGGUGCUGGAAAACGUGGAUUCAUCAUUGAAACACGGACACAAAACCUAGCACAAUUAGCUCGUAAUAAAGGUGGUGGUUUUGAACUGGAAAUGCAUUAUCCACUAUGGAAACGUGUACAUCGUCCUAUUGAUCGUCAUUCAACGUUGUUGGAUUCUCUUAGCAAGCUGAUUGAAGCUUGUAAUGAUACAACAUUAUCGAUGGAUAAAUGGCUAUCAAAACUGGAAACAUCCGGUUGGUUAUCACAUGUAAAAGAUGUUCUAAGCAGUGCCUGUCUGGUUGCACAAUGUUUAGACCAGGAUAAUGUGUCCGUAUUGGUACAUGGAUCCGAAGGAAUGGACUCGACACUUCAAGUUUGUUCAUUAACCCAGAUCAUAUUGAAUCCUGAUUGUCGUAAUGUUCAUGGAUUUGAAGCGCUAAUUGAACGUGAAUGGUUACAGGCUGGUCAUCCAUUUGCAACACGUUGUAAACAUAGUGCAUAUACGAUGCCAAGUGCACGUACACGUGAACAAUCGCCAAUAUUUCUCGUGUUUUUGGACUGUGUCUAUCAAAUCUAUCAACAAUUUCCAUGUUCAUUUGAAUUUAAUGAAAAAUUUCUAAUAUUUUUGUUCGAAAAUGCCUAUUCAUCGCAAUUCGGCACAUUUCUGGGCGAUUGUAUUCGUGAACGUAAUGAAAUGAAUUUUGCCAAAAAAACCGUUUCACUGUGGUCAUAUGUGAAUCGUCCAGCGAUACUUGCAGAUUUUCUAAAUCCUCUAUAUGAACCAAAUAGCGCAGUAUUAUGGCCAUCGGUUGCACCACAAUCGUUGGAAUUAUGGAAAGGAAUGUAUCUACGUUGGGUGAUGGAACCAACCAUCACCGAAGAAUAUCUCGAUCGUAUUGCAACAUUGAUUCAAGAAGAAUCUACAUUGAAACAUCGUGCAACAAAACUUCGUCGUAUGUUGGAGAAUUUAAAGCAAUCUCAACAACAGAAUUGAUUGAUGAUCUACUAGUCUACUAGUAUUUAAUAAUUUUAUAAAUAAAUUUUACAUGAAUCAUU